AGUGCAGCAGAGCGGGUAUUUAGAAGUGAUGAGCUAAGUAACAAAGUGAGAAUGCAGAGAUUUGAGUCAUUUUUAGGACGAAUCUGUAAAUAAAUGUUACACAACAUCUUCAACGUGAAGGGUCUGAUGGAGAAUCCACACGGAAACAGUCAACAAAUCACCCGGAACGAGAGUGUCGUGAAUCACUGCCUGUAGUGCAACAGCUUGGCUUGCCGGAUGUCAUUCACCUGAAAUUUCCAGUCCAUAUAAAAGAUCAUGCUGGGAAUAAGGCAUUGUUGAAUGUGAAAUAAGCUCUGCUUUGAUUUCCCCCGAAGGAACUUCAAGAGAGACUGGAUUUGAGGCUGAAUUAUCUGCUUAUGUUACAUAUCCACUACAAACUCUUGCAGCGAGGCAAGAGACACGGCUAAACCAGGUCUCGCACAGCACAGGUACAAUACUCAUAAAGAAGGUACGCUGACACAAUCUUCAGCGUUUGGCGACACAUGGAGAGAGCACAGAGGCCUCGGUAGAUCUAACACCGGCGGUCAACAAACACUCACGUUCUCAGCUCGAACAUAAACAGAGCUUCCCGAAAUGCAUUCUGGGGUUCCCUUAUCCACAGAGGACAGAUGCAAUGCUGCUUUAAAAUCUGGACAAAACAAGGAUUUUUGAAGGAACAUCUGAGACAAUGUUGAUGCUUCAAAAAAAAUAGCUGGGAGCUCUCAUAAGCGGUGAAAGAGAAACUUCUGAGCAGUACAGCAAGUUUGGUGACCCUUGAUACAUCACCCGUGUUCCAACCCUCUAAAGUUCAGAAUCAAACAUUUCUGGGAGGAACAUCAAAGACAAAGUUGAUACUUUAACAAAUUACAACAGAGAACUCUCCUUAGCUAUGAAAGAGGAACUUCUGAGCUACAAAUCGAUGUUGGAGACAUAGAGUCGCUGUAUUGUUGGGCAGAAGUAUCUAGUAGAAGAGCUUCCUGUGACGGAUGAUGGAGCCCAGUCAGGAUAUCUUAAAGGAACAGCUUGAGAAGUCUGUCUCAGACCAAGGAGCCAAAGCAAAAGCGGAGGAGCGAGAUGAUCUGAUCCUGGAGUUACAGAAUGCCAUCACUGACCUACACCAAGAGAUGUCUCUGAAGGAGCAACAAGAACUCCACAAGCUUCAACAUCUCCUCCAGCUGGAAACCAGAGUCAAGGAGCUUCAAGAGCAGACACAGAGCUCAGAGGAAACUAUUGCCCAGCUAAGGCAAGAGCUGCACAAGAGGAUAGAGAGCAACAGCGCCCUGGAGAAUGUUCUGGACGUCCAGGAGCAGAGGCUGUGGGAUCUGCAGAGAGAGCUGCGGGAAAGCCGACAAGAGCACCAACGGCAACACAGCCGCAACCAGCAGCUACGCGAGGAUGCCAGGCAACAAGAUGAGACGCUACAGGCUCAGGCACAUGAGCGGGUCCAGCAGCUGGAAGAGGAACUGUCCAGGCUAAAAUUCCAGCAUAGUUCAGUCAGUCAGCAGCUACAGGAUCAGAGUUCCGAGUGCCGUAGCCUCCAGAGAGCACGAGAGGAGCUGAUGAAGAAGGGAAGAGAGUGGCAGAUCGAAAAAUCCACUCUGCAUGAACAACUGAACCGUGUCAAAGAGGAGCUCCACAGCGCCUCCCUCAGGGAAGAGGAACAUCGGCUAAAAGUGGUGCAGAUUGAUGAACUCCAAAGAGAGGUUGACAUGACACUCGCACUGCUUGAAAAGGAGAGAGAGGACUGUAUAAAGGUAGAAGAGCGUGAUCGACAACGAGAAGAGCAACAGAAGGACAAGGUCCAGCAUCAGGAGGAGCUGAUUACAGAACUGCAAAGAGAGCUGGAGAAGAUCAGAUCGGGGCAGAAGGAGUCAGAGCUGAGAGAAUGGAAGGUGAGAUGGCAAUGUGUGUCAGAGAACCUCAAGAACACACAGAAUCAGCUCCAGCAGGCUCAGGACAGCAGAGAUCAGGCCCUGACCAGCCUUAAACUACAGCAGGAGGAUGUGGACAAACUUCAUAUCAUGCUGGCUCAGCGUGAGAUCAAACUUGAAGGUCCGAUCAAGGAAGCUGAAGCACGUGACCGGGAGUCAGCAGGCUAUCGCAAACAGCUCUUCAGCACCCAAGACGCACUGCAGCAGUGCAGAGGCCAAAAGGAGGAGCUCUGUGAGCUGCGUGGAGAAGUACAGCGAUGGCGGCAGGAGGCGCAGGAACAGAAGGAGAGCCAGGCGAGGGAGGUUGAAGACCUCAGGAAAGACCUGGAGAGCACACGAGGCCGCCUACAGCUGCAGAGAGGUAACCUGGAGGAUCUGUGCAGAGAGCUGGAGACGACCCACAGACAGCAGAGAGAGACGGAUGAAGAGGUGUCCUGCAGGGAAGCCGCCCUCUGCAGUCAGGACACAGAGUUGAUUCACCUGAAAGCAGGUUUAUUGGAGGCUGAGAAGUUAGCCACUGAUGCAGAGGCCAGACUACAACCUCUUAGCGACUCCCUCGAGCUUCACACACACAAGUACCAGGCCUGCCUUAACAAGAUCACCCAACUGGAGAGUACCCAGCACAGCCAGGAGCAGGACCUGAAAGAGGCCCGCCAUCAGUUGUUGGAGAGGGAAGAGCAGAUUCUCUGUCUUAGAGCUCAGGUUGUAGCUCUGCAGGGGGAUCUCCAGGUACACUCGGCCCAGCUGGAGAGCGGAGAUGAUGCCCUCACAGCACUGAGCCAGCAGCUGAGAGACACGCUGGGUGAACUGGAGCACAGCCGUAAACAUGCCCAGGAGUGUGAGGUGCUCAUCAGCACCCGACAGGACACCAAUGAGAGCCUUCGACGUCAGGUUGAAGAGCAGGAAGAGACUCUGGUAAAGAUUCAGGCUGAUUUUUCCAUCUAUCGGUCCACUCACGUUCACUCCGGAUCAGAUUAUGAAUGCCAGUUGUCCCGCAUUCAAGAUCUAGAGAAUGCACUGUUCCAAUCACUGGAGCGCUGCGGUGAGGGUGCCCGGGAGCUGCGGGCGUGCCAACUGGAGCUGGAGCGCCACAGAGCCAACAGUUCGGCAGAGUUGCAGAGACUCCAGGCGAAUGCGGCAGAAGUCGAAUCGCUAGAGAAGAAGGUAGCCAAUCUGGAAGAAGAACUGCAGGCUGCUCAAAGACAUUGCGCCCAGAAAGACCAGGCUAUCCAGAAGAGAGACGCCCUGCUGAGACAGUCCGAGGCUGAUCUCCUGCAGGCGCGAGAGAAGAGACGAGGCGGGGCGGUGGAUGCGGAGAGGGAGGUCGUCUCUGCUCGAGGCCUGGAAGCUGAUCUGAAGAGAGCCAAAAAAGAGAAAAGGCAGAGAGAGAAAGAAUGCGCGUCCCUCAAAACGCAGCUGCUUAAGCUAAGAGCGGAGCUGAAAGAUGCUCAGACCAACUUCAUAGACACUGCCCAGGAGCUGGCACAGCAUCAGGAGAGGUCACAGCUGUUGGAGAGAGGUCAGCGUGUGGCUCAACAGCAGCUCUCUGAACGUGUGGCAGAGGUGGAACAAGGAGAGAAAGCUCAGCGGACACUCCAGGCAGAACUCAAGAGAUUAACAGACAAGAUGGAGAGUGAUGAGAAGCAGCUUCAGGAUUCACGGCAGCUGGUGGAGCGUUUGCAAUCAGAGGUUAGCAGCAGCAGACAGGAAGUGCUCAGCGCUCAGCAGGAAGUCACGAGGUUCCAGCAGAUCCAGGAAGAGUUGACCAUCAGCAGAGAGAACUUCUCAGACCUGCAAACUAAGCUGAGUGAGCAGGAGAUGCUUUUGAACACACUUCAGGAACGCAUAUCUGAGCUGCACAGCGCCACCCACAGACUACAGGAGGAAGAGAUGAACAGUCAGAUCCAGCUGCAGCUGUGUAGAAAACAACUGGAGACCAAAGACACCCAAGCACAAAAACACAACCAAGAGAUGAGCGCUCUUCAGGCCACAGUUUCCAAGCUGAUGCUGGAGCUAGAGCAGAAGAGAGAGAGGGGACGGCAGGGGGUACGAGAGGCAGCCAAGGCCGAGCAGAGAGCAAGAGAUCUCAAGCUGGAGCUCGCUACAACACAGGCAUCUCAUAAAGAAAGUAUGGAGCUGCUGGCUGAGUGCAGUCGUGAGGUGGUGGCCCAGAGGAGCGAGCAUGUUCGUCUCCAGCAGUGUCUGCUCCAGCUGACAGAAGAAAGAGCAGCUCAAGAAGAGAGAGUCAGACAGCUGAGCGCAGAUCUACAGAAAGUUCACAGUGACAGCAGAUGCUCUCAAGAGGAGGCACGGGCGUGUGAGGGGCGACUGGUAGAGCUGCACACCCAGCUGGCUCGCUCGCAGCAGUGGGCACAGCAGCAGAUGACAGCACUGCAGUCCAGAGAGAAGGAGGUGAUCAUGCUAAAGAUGGAGAUGGCCUCUCUCAGAGAGAACUAUCAUGCCAAAGUAGCUCAGGUUGAGGAUUUGUACUCGCAGAUGGAUGCUGUAGAUCAGAAGCACAAUGCCGCUGUGUGUGAGGUGGAGGUUUUACGGAAGUGUUUAGUAGACGCGCGGUGUGACAGCUCUCGUCUUCAUAGGGAAAGUGAGCUGGUCGUAACCAAUGUUAACCAGUGGCUAAAGGAGCAAAACAUCAUGGCUCAUUGUGACAGCACCUUGCAGCUUCCUCACUGCUGUCCAUUAUCUCUACCCCUGCUCCUCUCCAGGCACACUAAUGAGAAACUGGCACUCCAGAUCAAAGACCAGAACAGGACCAUCAUCCACCUGACAGCUGAGAGAGAUCACCUUCAGGAGAACGUGAAAGGUCUGCAGGGAGAGAUCAGGAGAGUAAGAGCUGGGCUGGAUAAUCAGAGAAUGGAGGCAGAAAGACUAAAGUGAACAGAACCGGAGGAUGAAGAAGGUUUUUUCUUGACCUCCCGCUGCUCAGAUGAGUGUGUACCGGCGCCUGGACCCGCCUGUACUACACAGAGUGCCUUGAAAGAGUGCAAAGAACGUCACUGAAAAUGCCUCCUGCACUUCAAACAUGACUUGUGGGGUCACAAUCAAAUGAUCCUUUCAAUCUCUAUGGAUGGAAAUGUUGUUUGUUCAUUUUUGAUCGUUUAAAAUAUGUUUUGUCAAAUGAUACCCUCAUGCAUGCCAUUUUAUACUAGGAGUGAGGCAGUGUGACCAAAACCUGUUCAAUUUCAUGGUUACAUAUUACGUACCACAAUUAAGAUAUAUACAUAUAUAUAUAUAUAAUCAGACCAAAAUUUAUUCAGACACCUUCAACAUUUCUCCCAUUAUUGUUUAUUCAGUAUAGUUUAGAAAAUGGUAAUAAAAUCUAAGUCCGAACAAACUAAUCUUGAUAAUGUCAGAUGACUUUGAUAGAAAUGUAUGUAAUGGAUUAAGUUAAAUAGCUGUCCAAUUACAUUAAUGCAUUUGGCAGACGCUUUUACCCAAAUCAAAAGUAAUAAGCUAUGCUUAAUUUUCUUCCAUCUGUGGUGUAAAAAGGUUCCAUUAGCCAUUAUAGAAAAUCACUUAAGCAAAACAUAGUCAGGUCAAAGUGUCAGAAGUUAUAUAUAAGUAUAAAACUUUUAUAAAUGAUACAUUACUUUUAUCAGUUGUACUAUUCCACAUCAUGUUUGAAGAAAUUUAAGGUAGAAUAUGUCACAGUUGACUUUAUUUUGCUAUAUUCAAAGACCUGCACCCACAAUAAAACAUUCAAAAAUGAUAUCUGGGGCCUGAAUAAUUUGUGGUUUGAUUGUAGAAACCCAAACCAGGUCUACACCACAGAUGUCGCGUCUCCUCAUACUAAGCUCCCGUUGUUGCAUCUUUAAGAAUCGGCUAAAAGCACAUCUCUGCCGUCAACACCUGACUUCAUAUACUGUGGUUGGCUAACUGAGACCAGUUUUAUUGCACUUAUGCAUAUCACUUGUGUUUUACUAAAUGCUUCCAUUGUUUACCUUAUUUGUUAAGUCGCCUUGGAUAAAAGCAUUUGCUAAAUGAUUCAAUGUACAUGUUUUGGGAUCGUCUGUAGGUUCUCUGUUCAUCUAUGCUUUCCUGUAGCUCAGUGGUAAGAGCAUGGGGUUAACAAACGACAAGGUAGAGGGUUUGAUCCCAGGGGAUUACACAUACUUAGAAACAAAUGUAUAGGAUAAUGCAAUGUAAAUCACUUUGGAUUAAAGCAUCUGCCAAAUGCGUAAAUGUAAAUGUAGUCUUCAUGUGUCUUAUUCACACCUGAUUUAGCCACACCCACCUGUUUACAUACUAUGGUAUCCAAUAAAUAGAGAAAUCCGUAUAAGAAAUAUUAUAAAAUAGAUCAUAUUUAAAAUGAAUCUAUUUUUAGCAUUGUCUAAUUUGAUUGCAUAUAAUAUUAUAUGAUUUUGAAUAUAAUAUGUCAUGAAUAUGUUAUGUCCUGUGAUAGAUGUAUUGUUAAUGUUUAAUUGCUGCUCCUUUUUUGGAGUUUGUGGUUGUUAAGGUGAAGGUUGAAUCAUAAAAAUGUCUGAAUGUCUAAUAUAUAUAACAGAAUGAACAGAUAUGUUAUUCUUCAUUCACUGUCAUCAUGUGUUCCCUCUGAACAUAAAUCAGUCAAUAAUUGCGACAAACUUUUCAAUUUUCAUCAAUCCAAGAAACUAAUUUCUACAAGAAAACUAACUUUCAAAUCUGAGCUUUUCAUUUCAACCAAACUUAACAUUUCCCAUCUUGGUUGUGUUUAUACUAGAGUUGGUUUAAUCCUUUCCAUACGGGAAGAGCAGGACACCUCUUUCUGCUCGGGCAAAAUCAAUAGGCAACAUUCUAUCUAGCUCAACAGUCAAUAAGAGACACUUAAGGUGUCUGUAGAAACUAAGGGAUGCCAAUAAUUGUUAUUAAUACCCUGCGUUUGGGUUUUAACUGACUUCCCACACACUCACUGUAGCCAGCAGCUAUACAGCCAUAAUCACAUGCAAAGCAAGUGUGUGAUUAUACAGUAAUGAGGACGAAUUGUGAACGCUAGCAUAAAUAAUUCUUGGGCCAUGUGCAUUUGUGCAGCACUGUUGAUGUUAACACAACUGAUUUUCAUGCUCAUCUGUGGCUGGUUGUGUUUAACAUGUAAUGUAACUUUAUUCAUGUACACGGAAGAAAUCAGCAGCAGUCAUUUAAAUGAGAUAAACUCUAUGUAGAUUAAUAAAGUGAAGUUGCGAUGUAUGAAAUGUUGCUAUACAUCCACUGUAAUACUAUAGAUACUGUUUUAUAUAAUACGGAAAUAUGGUAUUGCAUAUGGACUAUUGCUGUUGCUCAGUAGCAAUAAUGAAGUUUUUGUUUAUUAAAGUUACACAAAAGACAAAAGAGGACAUACAACAAAAUAACGGAACAAUGCAAAUGUGCAGGGCUAAACAUCACGAAUAAUACAAAUAGAAAUCAAUUAUGCAAAAUAAAAACUUUUUUGUCUGCAAACCCUGGUUGGUAUAAACUUAUUGUAAGCCAUGUAUGCUGACUAUGUUCUACAAUUAAUAAACAAUCAAAAGUU